GAUGACAUAACUGAUGACAUAACGCACGUCCAAAAUGGCGACGCUGAGAGGACUAUAUUUUGGUCGAAACUUGAUUAAAAACAAUACCCUACCUUUAAUCCAGGCAACUGCAGCAGCUUCCACAGCAGCAAGUACAGCAAAAAGGACAAAAACAUUUUCGAUUUAUCGCUGGGACCCCGAAAAGGCUGGAGAUAAACCACGAAUGCAAGAUUAUGAAGUGGACUUAGAUAGCUGUGGUCCUAUGGUACUCGAUGCUUUGAUUAAGAUAAAAAACGAAAUUGAUCCGACGCUAACAUUUCGAAGAUCAUGUCGUGAAGGCAUUUGUGGAUCAUGCGCAAUGAACAUUGGUGGAAAGAAUACAUUAGCUUGUAUCUGUCGCAUUGACGGUGCAUCAAAUAAAAAGGAAAAAAUAUAUCCUUUACCUCAUAUGUACGUCAUUAAAGAUCUUGUUCCAGAUAUGACUCAUUUCUAUGACCAAUAUCGUUCAAUAAAACCAUACCUUAUGCGCAAAGAUGACAUGGUAGCAGGAAAAGAACAACUAUUACAAACACAAGAAGAUCGUGCGAAACUGGAUGGCCUGUAUGAAUGCAUUUUGUGUGCCUGUUGUACAACGUCCUGUCCAAGCUAUUGGUGGCAUGGUGAGAAAUAUCUGGGACCUGCUGUACUAAUGCAGGCUUAUCGAUGGAUGAUUGACAGCAGGGAUCACUACCAGAAUGAGAGAUUAGCAAUGCUGGAUAAUCAUCAUAGUGUUUACCCUUGUCACACAAUUAUGAACUGUACAAUGACAUGCCCUAAGGGCCUGAAUCCAGGAGAAGCUGUUGGAAAAAUCAAGACAAUGAUGGCCAGUUAUGAGAAACCUGCAGAGGAGGCAAAAGUGUGACAUAUUUUAUUUAAAUUGACUGGUUUGAUUAUUUACCAAUGAAAGACAGCAGCAUAGUAGAUGUAUACUUUAUGCUAUGUUAUUUCUUGUAAAAAAAUACAAACCAGAUAAGUAAUAUAGAAAUUGAUGUAUAUUAUUGAUAUCUGAUUUAGUUUGUAUGUAAAAUCAUUAGAAAUGUAUUCCAAACAUUGCUUGUGCCCAUUAAAAAUGAUAUGUUUUUCAACAUGA